AUGGAAGGUGAGGCGGUUGAAGCCAUUGUGGAAGAGUCUGAAACUUUCAUUAAAGGAAAGGAGAGAAAGACCUACCAGAGACGCCGGGAAGGGGGCCAGGAAGAGGACUCUUGCCACCUUCCCCAGAACCAGACUGAUGGUGGUGAGGUGGUCCAGGAUGUCAAUAGCAGUGUACAGAUGGUGAUGAUGGAACAGCUGGAUCCUACCCUUCUUCAGAUGAAGACUGAAGUCAUGGAGGGUGCAGUCGCUCCAGAAGCAGAGGCUGCCGUGGACGAUACCCAAAUUAUAACCUUGCAGGUUGUAAAUAUGGAGGAACAGCCUAUAAACAUAGGAGAGCUUCAGCUUGUGCAAGUACCCGUUCCUGUGACUGUACCUGUUGCUACCACUUCAGUAGAAGAACUUCAGGGGGCUUAUGAGAAUGAAGUGUCUAAAGAGGGCCUUGCAGAAAGUGAACCCGUGAUAUGUCACACCUUACCUUUGCCUGAAGGGUUUCAAGUGGUAAAAGUGGGGGCCAAUGGAGAGGUGGAGACCCUAGAGCAAGGGGAACUUCCGCCUCAGGAAGAUCCUAGUUGGCAAAAAGACCCAGACUAUCAGCCACCAGCCAAAAAAACAAAGAAAACCAAAAAGAGCAAACUGCGUUACACAGAGGAGGGCAAAGAUGUGGAUGUGUCUGUGUAUGAUUUUGAGGAAGAGCAGCAGGAGGGUCUGCUGUCAGAGGUUAAUGCAGAGAAAGUGGUUGGUAACAUGAAGCCUCCAAAGCCAACAAAAAUUAAAAAGAAAGGUGUAAAGAAGACAUUCCAGUGUGAGCUUUGCAGUUACACAUGUCCACGGCGUUCAAAUUUGGAUCGGCAUAUGAAAAGUCACACUGAUGAGAGACCACAUAAGUGCCAUCUCUGUGGCAGGGCAUUCAGAACAGUUACCCUUCUGAGGAAUCACCUUAACACACACACAGGUACUCGUCCUCACAAGUGCCCAGACUGUGAUAUGGCCUUUGUGACUAGUGGAGAAUUGGUGCGGCAUCGUCGUUACAAACACACCCAUGAGAAGCCAUUUAAGUGUUCCAUGUGCGAUUAUGCCAGUGUAGAAGUCAGCAAACUAAAGCGUCACAUUCGCUCUCACACUGGGGAGCGUCCUUUCCAGUGCAGCUUGUGCAGUUAUGCCAGCAGGGACACAUACAAGCUGAAAAGGCACAUGCGAACCCAUUCAGGGGAAAAACCUUAUGAAUGUUAUAUUUGUCAUGCACGGUUUACCCAAAGUGGUACCAUGAAGAUGCACAUUUUACAGAAGCACACAGAAAAUGUGGCCAAAUUUCACUGUCCCCACUGUGACACUGUCAUAGCCCGAAAAAGUGAUCUGGGUGUCCACUUGCGAAAGCAGCAUUCCUACAUUGAGCAGGGCAAGAAAUGCCGAUACUGCGAUGCUGUGUUUCAUGAGCGCUAUGCCCUCAUCCAGCACCAGAAGUCACACAAGAACGAGAAGCGCUUUAAGUGUGAUCAGUGUGAUUACGCUUGUAGACAAGAGAGGCACAUGAUCAUGCACAAGCGCACCCACACUGGGGAGAAGCCUUAUGCCUGCAGCCACUGCGACAAGACCUUCCGCCAGAAACAGCUCCUCGACAUGCACUUCAAACGCUAUCAUGACCCGAACUUUGUCCCUGCGGCCUUUGUCUGUUCUAAGUGUGGGAAAACAUUUACACGCCGGAAUACUAUGGCAAGACAUGCGGAUAAUUGUGCUGGUCCAGAUGGUGUAGAAGGGGAAAAUGGAGGAGAAACGAAGAAGAGUAAACGUGGAAGAAAGAGAAAGAUGCGUUCUAAAAAGGAAGACUCCUCUGACAGUGAAGAAAAUGCUGAGCCAGACUUGGAUGACAAUGAGGAUGAGGAGGAGCCUGCCGUGGAGAUUGAACCCGAGCCAGAGCCCCAGCCAGUGACCCCAGCCCCACCACCUGCCAAGAAACGGAGAGGACGCCCCCCUGGCAGAACCAACCAGCCCAAACAGACCCAGCCAACAGCCAUCAUUCAGGUCGAAGACCAGAAUACAGGUGCAAUUGAGAACAUUAUAGUUGAAGUCAAAAAAGAGCCAGACGCAGAGCCUGCAGAGGGGGAGGAAGAGGAGACCCAGCCAGCUGCCACAGAUGCCCCCAACGGAGACCUCACGCCUGAGAUGAUCCUCAGCAUGAUGGACCGGUGA